AUGUGCAAAGGAUUCGGAUCAACCUUGACCGGCCCUGCUCUCCAGUGGUAUAUCAACCUGCCUACCAAAUCAAUCAAAUCCGUUGAAGCCCUUAGCGAUAAGUUCGUAGAACAGUUCGCUAGCAGCCGUGACCCAGAGAAGAACUCAGAUGAUCUCUACGAGAUCCUCCAGCAUAGGAAUGAGCCCCUUCGUUCCUACAUAGCUCGUUUCAACCAAGCGAAGGUGGCUAUCCCUGAGAUUAUGGAAGACGUACUGUCUCGUGCUUGGGCUCAAGUAAGAUGGGAAGAAGACGUUGCUAGUAUGGCCAAAUCCGGUCCGAAGUACGAUCAGAAGUCAUCAAAGCCUACUAGGAGUGACCGCGAUGAGCCUUCUCACUUCAAGUCCGCUAGGGAGACUAGUAACCCGAACAGGGGCAGCCCUGAAGAUGGAAGUCGCUAUGCUCCUCAGAAAGGCUACCUCUCGGAUAAAGCCAAGAACCUUCUAAAUAAAGAAGGUCCCGGUCUUCCUAUCGAGGCAGUUCCUGCAUUACCACCACAACAAGACCGGGUAAUCCAUGUCAUCUCAGGCGGAUCAGAGGUAAGCGGAAUUAGCAGUGCCGCAGCCAAGAGAAGUACUAGCAACGCCAGGAACGGCCAAGAGGCCGAGGGUCCCAAGCGCCUACUCCUUGGAAUAGACGAGAUGAGCUUCACUGCAAGGGAGCAGGAGAAGGUCCUUGCCCCUCAUCACGACGCUCUCGUCAUUUCACUUACCAUAGCAAACUACUUGGUCAAGCGAAUACUAGUAGAUAAUGGGAGCGCUAGCAACAUAAUCUUCCAUUCGGCCUUCGCCGACCUAGGGUUGGAACCUACAGCUCUAACCAGAAAGGCGACUCCCCUUGUAGGCUUCAGUGGAGAAGUCAAACAAACCUUGGGAGAGGUCCUUCUUCCCGUGUACGCCGAAGUGGUAAACCAAGCCACGAAGUUCCUGAUCGUCGACUGCCCCUCAUCAUACAACGUGAUAUUGGGAAGGCCUUGGAUCCACGACAUGGGAGCUGUACCUUCAACUUUGCAUCAGCUGGUCAAGUUUCCAACCCCUUGGGGCAUCAAGGCGGUCAAGGGGUAUCAAGAGAAUGCUAGGUCCUGUUAUCAGACUACCCUUAAGGGAAAGACUCAGGUCUUAUAG